AACACUUUAUACAAACUACUUCCGUAAAUAUUAACAGCCAGCCAAUCAGGAGAGAGCACGACCAACGGCUGUCUCGAGCACGAGCACGUCCUUACGGUGACAGAUGGCGAGCGAGCGCGUUCGCAGAAUAUUCUGGGUAUUUGCUAUUUGCAGGGACGGUUAGCAUGAAGCGAGGAGGCUUCAUUCAUUGUCCGUCCAGUCUGAUAUUUGUUUGAAACAAAGCUCUACAGAAAACGGAACAAUGCCACUCACACCUCUUGUUUACUGGGCUCAACGCCAUGAAGAAAUCUACCUGCGAGUGGAGCUGACAGACGCUCAGAAUAUUGAUGUCCAUGUACAUGAAAAAGUGCUUCAGUUUAGAGCCCAGGGACAUGGUGCAAAAGGACAAAAUGAAUACGAGUUCAGCUUGGAGUUUCUUUUACCAAUUAAGUCAGAGGUGACCCACAAGUCCACACAGCGGCAGGUAAAUAUUACAGUGAAGAAAGAGCAGCGCGGCUGGUGGGAAAGACUGACACAACAGGAGCGCAAACCAGUCUUCCUGGUACCAGACUUUGACCGCUGGCUGGACGAGUCAGAUGCUGAGAUGGAGAUCCAGGAAAAGGAGGAGAAAAGGAACAGGCGGCGGGCUUCAAGGCAUAAAGAGGAAGGGUUUGUCAGCCUAAAAACAGGAUUUUUGUUUGUAUAUAACCUGGUGCAGUUCCUUGGUUUUUCAUGGAUCUUUGUCAACAUGACAGUGCGGCUCUUUAUCUUUGGCAAAGACUCUCUCUACGACACAUUUCACACCAUAUCGGAUGUGAUGUUCUUCUGCCAGAUUCUGGCAGCAGUAGAGGUCCUCAACACUGCUUUUGGCGUUGUCCGGACAGGCGUUAUACCAACUGUUAUACAGGUGGUUGGAAGGAACUUUAUCCUCUUCAUCAUUUUUGGUAGUUUGGAAGAAAUGCACAACCAGCCAGUUGUGUUCUUUGUUUUCUAUCUGUGGAGUGCCAUUGAGAUUUUUAGGUAUCCAUUUUACAUGCUCGGCUGUUUCAACACAGAGUGGAAAACUCUCACAUGGCUGCGGUACACAAUCUGGAUACCACUGUACCCAUUAGGUGUCAUAGCUGAAGCUGUUGCUGUGGUACAAUCCAUUCCCAUCUUUGACAAGACCAAACUGUUCAGCAUUCCUCUGCCCAAAGCCAUCGGUACCUCUAUCAGCUUCUCUCGCAUCCUGUACAUCUAUCUUGUCCUCAUGUUUCUUGGACUUUGUAUCAACUUUCGUCAUCUUUACAAGCAGAGGAAGCGACGUUUCCGUACCAAGAAGAGGAAAGCAAAUUGAGAUUGAGCACUGUGAUCACCUCCGCUGCCUGCUUAUUUGUGGAUUAAAUCUUUUAAAUGAUACUUACAAAUCCUACUCCAGUCAAAACCGUUCUACUUUUAGUUAUGAAGAAGUUUGCUCUCACUAAAAUAAUUUGAUUUGUGGUAAAAAAAAAAAACACCCUACAGAUGAUGCAAUAUUUCAUCAUUGCACUGACGGCCAUAUUUACUGGUGAUUGAUUCUCUUAGAUAUAAGAUACCUAUAUAUAAGUUUGUUUUGUAGAUUAGUGAAGAGAAAAAUAAGGCAGUGUUUUUUUAAUACAGUGAUUUUGCUGUUGUCCUUUAUAGUCAUUUGUGUAAAAAUUAAGUCAUUAACAACAUUCUCAACAAAUGUAUUUACUAUUAUUCCAGAUUUCUGAACCGUCCCUCAAACCUCAGGGAAAGUUGCACUGGUGGCCUCUAAAAUACAGAGAACAUUGAGGCCCUUCUUCUCAAUAACCUGCCUACAAAAUUUGUAUUCCCUCCUCGCUCUGACAUUUUAUUGUUUUGACAGUCACUUGAAUUUUAAAUGACAACAUUAACAGCUAUUUCACAGGUUUUCUGUAAAUGUUAUUUGACACUGAAUAAACAUUACAUUUUA